AUGGCGGCGUCUAUGGCUAGUAAAGCGACGAUUUCGAAGAUGUUCACGAUGGAAGGAUAUCGUUUACGAUUGUGCUCGACACCUUUCGCAGUUGUAACCAGAGAUUGCGAGUGCCAGGAGGAACGUUUAGGACGUGGAGCACCCCGCGUUACCGCGGCACUCGUAGGAGAUGGCGAAGGCAGGUUGAUCGCCACCCCGGUCCACAAGGAGAGCAUCGCGUCGAGGAGCAAAGAGGAUCUAGCACAGGAGGCGGCGCUGGUGCUACAGCAGGCGGGUAACAAGAAGAGGCCGGAACUGCCGCUCGAUGUGAGACGCAGGAGCGAGGAAAUCGGCGCGACGAGCACCGCGGACCUCGUCGUCGAGACACCGAAGCUCAAGAAGAAGGCACUGGAGAGGAGCGCGAGCGAUGCCAGUAACAAGAAGCUGAAAGGCUCUCUGGCGAGGUUUUUCUCACCGAAAUUAGAACGGAAACGAAAACCGGUGGGUCGUAGCGCAAGUGACGCCGGUACGUCGAGUCGCGCGAAGAAACAAUUGUCGCCGAUAAUAGAAGCCUCUCCGCACGUGGAUCAACCGCCUUUCCACUUCGGAAAAAUCGAGAAAGCGGAGAAAAGUAACGAGCGACCCGAGGCCAAGAAGUCGAAGCAGGAAGAAAUCGAUGUAGAGGAGGAGGUGACAGAGCGGACGGAAACGAUAACUAGCAAGAAAGAGGUUAAGGAGACGGAAGUGAAGGUUGGAAAGCCGCCCGUAUCGCCGAGAAGGGAGAACAAGGGCACCGUGAGGCGCAUACCUAUCGAACUAGAGUCAGACGAUAAGAAAAGCAAGCAAGAAGGGGCAGAGAAGCGGGAGGUGAAGACCCGGACCCCUUCACCAGCAAAGGACACCGGGCUCGACGAAGUAGACAAGGUCGGUACAAGUAGCAUGCUGCACAGCAGCCGAUACGAUCUCCAGCAACGAGCCAACAACGAAGAGUCGACGAUACACAAGAUGAUUCACCGAUUAUCCAGCGAUAGGUCGCCGCCGCCGCAGUUGACCAGGACUAUGGUCUCGCCGGGGCCUGGAUUCGGUCACAAUAACAAUCGACCCUUCUCCUACACUAGGCCGAACGAGUCUUGCAGCCCUCCGCCGCCACAGACGAACGUUAUCUACGCUCAGGUGCAGACGGAUAAGAAGAAAGCUCAAAGAAGUCACUCCGACAGCGACGAGGGACUUGGUUUGGAGAGGAAGGACUCCUCUCGCGAAAAUAGUCCGGCUGAGAAGGAGUAUCGCAGGGCAGACUACUCUUACAGCAGUGAUCUACGACGCAACAACGAAAUUAACACGUUCAAAUCUAGAUACGAAGAGGACAGGAAGAACGGCGGUCCGCAUUUCACCAGUCACUAUGCCGGAACGCAGGAUUAUGCUUCUAGAAACGCCGAUGCGAAGAGGCGUCAUGAUUUUGACGAGAUCGAUAGACGUCUGUACGACAAGCCUGAGAAGUACACGUCCACGGUGUUCGUGGACACAUCUGGCAGAGGCAGAGCUGAUGGAACUGACGCCAGGCAAAGGGACAACAGCGAGUUUCGGCAGGCUCAGGGUGGGAUAUCGAAUAAGACGUCCGAGUUGAGUGCUAGACGCGAUCUUCUCGAGUCGAGGAUUAAGUCUAGGCUACUGGCUGACGAGAUGUUUGCCGCGAAGAAUAGUGCAAACGUGCCUGUGAAGAAGUCCGAGCACGAGAUCAUAGACAAGCCAAUUGUCCCCUCGCCAGUCACGCCUAAUCGCGUCGCUUCUCCUAAGCGAUACAUGGACACGUACAUCACCGAAACUCGUACCAACAGCAACGGAGAGAAGUACAUCUUCGAGAAGGAGAUCCACGAAGAUAACGGCAAGGUUUACGGCUACGAGAAGAAGAUUACAAACAAAAUUCCAAACGACGGAUACAUCGAUGCUAAACCUAGAGACGGUUACACCGUGGAAACUAGGACAGACAAGUACGGCGACAAGUAUAUCGUUGAAACUAGAACACACGAGGGGUACGCGGACGAUUUUAAGCCGUUUCUCAGCGACAGGAGUAGAACCAGUCCCGACGAUAGAUACCAAGCGAACAGAAACUCGACCAGUCCUUACAAGCCCAAUAAUUUCCAUCCCGAGGAGGCCACUGUCGCUCCGCACUUCAGGAGUGAAUCUAGAGAAAACAAUCUUCUGCCUUCGCCUAUAAUUGCCAAGAAAUUCACGUCCACGGAGAGGAAAUUCUCCAAGAGCGACGAUUUCUUGGACCGAGAUGUCAGACCUAGGGACGUGUACCUGCCCAAGAAGAAGAAUUUCGAAUCCAUCAGAGGUAUGAGUAAGUCUACCCAGCGUCUGGACGAAGUAGGAGAGAACGCCAGAGUGAGGGCCCUGCGGAGCGAGUAUACAACCAGGUCACACGAGAACUUGACCAGCCACGCUGACUAUGUGAACGCUAGGGACGUACGAAGACCUCUGGUAGAGAGUCCGACGAUAAACGACCGAAAAGAAAGGUCGCCGUUCAACAAGAGACACCUGGACAGUCUUCGCGAGGGUCCAAACGACGACUACGACACAGAUAUAUCCCAGAUGACGAGUAGCCAAUUGGAAUCGAAGUAUUACAAAGAGACACGCACCACUCAACGGUACACCAGCAGCAAGCACCCAGUUCACGACGAUUACGACAGCUCUCCGCCGAGAAUACGCACCGACCGCGGAGGAUACAAUUCGAGCAGAUACGACUCUGACACCACGGCUAGAGAUUCGAUCCGUUGCGAGACCAGAUACGACGAGACGUCAAGAACAUUGAGAAAGGAGCACAGGAAGUUAGACGAGGAUCCUAAGAAGCCUCUGAGAAGGUCGCGUAAUAGAUUAGAUUAUUUCGACGAUUCCGACGCCAGGGAGAGCCCUCGCGUGAAGACCGCCGUUGGACGGUUAGAGCCUUUCGACGAGAGUCCAACCAGACCACCUAGAGCCUACCACGACGGUGGUAAAUCGAGACACACCAGACAGGAGACCAGGACUCACACUGAACGUAGACAUCGGGAGACUCGAUUGAGCGACUCCGAUAGGAAAGAUCGUCUGGCUGAUUCAGGGAUCGAGAACGAUUACAGGCGUGACUCUCAGGAGGUUGAUAGAAGGGAGCAGAUCGAGUCGGAGGACGAGGGUUUCGUCACGAGACAGUUCAUUAAACACGAGAGAAGGCACACCGAUAGAAAUAUGAAUUUGACGCCGUCCGAGCAACGGAAGUACGACAAAUAUUCGAACGACAUGUCAAAGUCGCCACCGGUGACCGCGAAGCCGCCAUCGGGCGCUGAUAAGAAGUACGAGAAGAAGGCGGUGAAGAAGAGUGGAACGAUGAGCAAGGUGAAGCAGUUGUUCAGUAAGAAGGAGAAGAAGGCGAAGGAGGAGAAGAACAAGAAGAACGCGAGGAGCAGCAGCAGCGGCGCGCUCACCGAUGACGAGGUGACAAUCAGGUACAGGGAGUACCGUGGCGAUCAGCUGAGGAGCGCGAAGAGCGCACGGGACCUGGGCAGCGACAUCAAUCAGGAGGAAUACAGCCAACGCAGACGCCUAUCUACUCCCAGCGGCAGUCCCAGUCCACCCAGGCCGACAAGGCUGUCAAGAUCUACGGGUACACUCACCAGAGAAGAGGAAUCCUUUUGCGAGUCGAGCAACACCCUCACUAGGGAGAAUCAGGGACAAGAAGCUGAGAGGAAGGGCUGGUUUAAGUCUUUGUCUAGGAAGAACAAGUCCAAUAUCAAAGCGGUGGACAAAAAGCCUAGGAUACCAGAAAGCGAGAUUUUGACCACCGGAACUGAGGACGAGGAAGCCUCGUCCGCACCCGAACGAGUCUCUGUGCAGAAGAACUUGCGCUUCUUCGGAGACACGGAUCAGGAGUCCGUUUCGUCCAAUAGAAAUCGCAGGAACAAACGAGACGACCAUGCCAGUUCAGGGCGUGAUGUUACGAAUUCCAGCCGCCACACUUUGGGCAUUCUAUCGCCACCCCGGAAACCACCGAGGCUCGCCGAGAGCGCGUUGUCUUCCGGUGAGAGUACAACGGGGGAUAGCAGUCAACAGAGUCAGAACUCUCAACGGUCGCAAAGAUCUGUAGUAUACCUCCACGCUGCUACAGUGGGCGAAAUACCCGGUCCCAAUGAGAGACGCAGAGCAGCAAGCAGGGAGGAAUUAAAUCGACCGCUUCAAUCGCACACAAGAACAGUAUCAAGGAGCGUGAGUGUUCUCGCGCCCUGGAAGCCCAGGCAUUACAGGGAACCUUUUGAAAUAAAUUACGAUCAACAAAUGCAUCCGAAACCAAUGGCGACCAUGAGGCGCAGACAAAGAAGUCGCGAAACGCUUAGUCGUCGGGGAAAAGAUGCGCGACGAAGCAAAGACAAUCUAUCGAAAACCGGCACGAUCAAUCGCAGUACGCUGAAAUCGAAGGACAAGCAGAAGGUGGAUAGAACCGUUUCCACAGAAUCGUUGGCCACCAAGUCACGAGGCGUUAACUCAAAACCAGAACUCAGCAGGUCCACAUCAGUUCCACGUGAUCCGAAUAAGAGUGCGGGAUGGUUCAAGCUGAAAAGCAAGAAAUCUCGGGCUUGAAGGGGAGGCCAUUGAUCAAUGCUAGUCUUGAGUUUCAUAAGUAAUUCGUAAUCGUAAGGGAUUAACGAUAACACACACACAUACGUUGAUCCGCCGCCGUUGUUCGCGGUGAAUAUAAUUGUAAACCAAUUAUUAUUACCAUUUUAUGUUUUCUCUUUUUUCCAAUGUACAAUGCAAUCUCCGUGUCGGA